UACUUUUUUUUUGUUAUAAUAUAAGACAACAAUAUUGAAGUGUAUGUAACGGAAAACUUGACGAUGGGUCGACUAUUCAAAAUAUCGAUUUUGUUUUCAAUAUUUGCAAUAAUGAACGGAUAUGAUCUAGUUCAUGAUUUAAAAGAUCGUCAGAAGUCCGCAGAUCAAGCUUUAGAUUACAUGAAAAUUGGGUUGCAGAAAUUUAGUAAAGGUAUUGAAAAGAUGGUGAUGAAGAGACUUGAGGGAGUCGAAAACAUUGUUGACGAAAAUAUAAAACAAAUGAUAGGAAAUGCUACAAGGAACAUUGAAGAUCAAUCCACAGACCAAAGUGAAAAAAUCAGCGAAAAACUACUUUCCACUUUAGUUGAUAAGAAAAUCAGUGACUUACUUUUCACCACCCAGAUCGAGCAGCGUCUUUUCAGACAGGAAAUGGUGUCCGUCACAUCCAUUUUAUUUGGGAAACUAGAAAAAAUCAGUGAUGUUAUUUCCGUAACUCAGACCGAACAACGACUUUUUAACGAGGAAAUUAAGUUUCUUUCAACUAAUUUAUCUGAGAGAAUUGAUCAGAAAAUCAGUGAUCUUAUUACCACGACUCAGACCGAACAACGACACUUCCGCCAAAAAUUUGACUAUUUUAUGACAAAUCUGACUAAAAAUGUUGAAGAAAAAUCAUAGAUGUACACUCUACAACUCACACCGAACAGCAAGUCUUUAACAAGAAUAUCGAGUCUCUUUUAUAUAAUUUUUCUGAGAACGUUGAUAACAAAAUCAGUAAUAAGCUAUCUGCUAUUCAGACCGAACAACAAACAUUAAAACAGGAUGUGUUCUCACGUACAGACUAUCUGGUUGGAAAGGUCGACGAUAUAAGAAAUACGAGUGUGUAUUUGGCUGAGCAGCUUUUUUCAGGAGAAGCUAUAGAUAUGCUUAGAAACGUGGAAGUGAUCCGCCAAUAUCUUCCAAAGGCCCAUGACAUGGCCAGUACCGAUUGUGCGGACAUUUUGAAGAAAUAUCCCAACACUAGAUGGAAUAACGGCGUGUACAAUAUUACAGUUUCACCGAUUAAAUUCAAGGCUGUGUACUGUGAUAUGACCACUGACAACGGGGGAUGGACGGUGAUUCAGCAGAGAGUAAAUUGAUCAGUGGACUUUUACCGUAACUGGACGGAAUACAAGAACGGGUUUGGAUAUGCUGAUCACGAGUAUUGGAUUGG